AUGGUGAUUGUGCAAUCGAACGUGAUCAACUCGAGCGGUGCCGGUGGACAGCUCGGUAUCGACUGGGACAUUAACGAUCCGAGCGUGCCGAUCGUGACCGAGUCGGACUACGAUGGGUUUAACGAGUGGAGCGAUGGCCACUGUCGGUACAUCUACCGGGCGACGAGCGAGGAGGCAAAGCGCCAUGCGUCCGGUUGGGCAAUGCGCAACACCAACAACCACAACGUAAACAUCCUGAAGAAGAGCUGUCUCGGUGUGCUGGUAUGUUCGGUCGGUUGUAUCCUGCCGAACGGGGACAAGAUCCAUCUACGGCCCGCGAUCUGCGAUAAGGCACGGCGCAAGCAGCAAGGCAAAGCGUGUCCCAACAGAUUGUGCAUUGGCGGUAUUUUGGAGAUACUUCCGUGCCGUGGACACUGCGGUUACCCGGUGACUCACUUUUGGCGCCAUACGCCGCAUGCAAUAUUUUUCCAAGCCAAAGGAGUUCACGAUCACCCACGCCCGGAAGCGAAGUCAUCCGGCGAAACGCGCCGAGUGUUGGGGUUGGGUCGUCGCGAGCGUGUACUGCGAACGGUGCAGUCUAAAAUGAAUAAGAUAAACGGCAUCAAACAGUCCAGAAAGUCCUCUAAGCAGCUUUACACUAUCGCAAAAGCAACUAGCUAUAGUUCCAUCUCGUCCACUGAUGUCGUCAAGUCUCCGGAUUCGUCGUUCGAAGAAAGCAGCUACCAGGUGGAUUAUCUCAGUGGGUCAUCCGUACCGGGUGGAUGUACCUACAGCAACACCCAUCUCGCGCAAACGCACCAACAGACCCAGCCACUUCACCAACAACAGGCACUACAAUGUCCACAGAACCCACCAGCAGCGGAUUACACACAGAACUGCUUCUACGACACGAACUUCAUCCAUCCCGAGGAAAUCUUCCAGCUAGACCAACCGCUACGCCCGGUAGCUGGCACCGCUAGCAACAAGUACCAGCAGCAGCAACAGCUGGUCGGAUCGCCUCCUUCCCACAUGUUCGAUCUGGACCUGGGAACGGAUGGGAAGCACGUUACGUACGGCAGUAAAACCGAUCAGUACUCUCCAUACCGAGGGGGCGAGUUCUCCACGGCCGGUAUUGGCCGUUACUUUGACUGUGUCAAGUACGAAAGCAGUACCGAUACGGACACGGCCAGCCUUACCAGCAGCGGGUGCUCCAGCGUUCUCGACGACAUUGCGUACUACGCAAGUCCGCAGGUCGAUUAUCAGAAUAACAACCAAACCAACAACAACUCGCUGGCGCAACUCGACAUGAACAAGAUCGGACUGCGUGCGUGCGAUAGCAUCAAUUCGUUCUUUAUUAGCCAAUCAAGCUGCGUGUCACCGACGACUUCUGAUCGUAAGUCGUCUGACCCGGGUCUCCACACACAGCAGCAGCAGCAGCAGCCGCAGCAGCUGGAUGCGUAUGCGUCCGGGGCUGUAAGCUACGAGAAUUACAGUGCGUCUUCCUCCCCGAAUGCGACCCAGCUGUAUGGGGGCUAUGAAGCGAACAUUGGACAGACAUCUUUGGGCCAACCGUUGACUCAUACCUCCACAUCACCCCACUCCACCGAUGGACGAAUGGUACCGACGACCCAAAUCGCGUCCAUGUCUUCUUGUGAGCAACAGCAGUGCGGUAAUGCUGCGGGAUCUCUAAGCGUACCGACAGUACAGGCGACGUCGGCAGUCGAUAGUGGUUGUUGGUGGAAUAACAGCUUCUUCCAGACCACACUGGGUACAUCUGCCAGCAACUCGGAGGGUUGGAAUCAGGCGUACCACGAGGGAGCUGUCGGCAGUCAUCAGACUCAACUCGAACCACAGUUCUACGGAUUGGAGCAGUGUGAUUAUCUCAGCUAG